GGAGUGGAGGUGGAGAGAAGCUGGAGGCGCAACAGCUGUGGAGGAGAGGAGAAAGCAGGGGGGUGGGAGCUGAGGCUUUUCCGCAGACACUGAUACUCCUGCAACCCCCCGACUCCAAGCAGCAAGGGACCCCUGAGCACAGAGAGGACAGACAUGCAUCUGAGUCUGUGAUGAGGGAAGAGAGACCAGGGAGCAGGCAUCUUCAUCUAUAGCAACCCUAAAUCCAAUAUCAUCCUGCAAAAGGCCUCCACAAGAAAUAGAUCAGCUAUGGCAUAUUUUCUAAGAGUGGGAAUCCUUCUGGUGGCAUCUAUACUUGGAUCAGCUGCCUCAGAAUUACCAGACAAUGCAAGCUGCACAUCAUCGGAGGUUGCUGAAUGUCAACCAGGAAUCAUGCUCCCAGUCUGGAGGCCUAACAAUCCAUCAACAGGAGACAAAGCUGCCCGGGCUGUGGUUUACUUUGUAGCAAUGCUUUACCUCUUCCUGGGCGUUUCUAUCAUUGCUGACCGCUUCAUGGCUUCAAUUGAGGUCAUCACAUCGCAAGAGAAGGAGAUCACAUUGACCAAACCAAAUGGAGAAACCAGCGUCGCAACAGUGCGCAUAUGGAAUGAGACAGUUUCCAAUCUGACAUUGAUGGCAUUAGGUUCUUCUGCUCCAGAGAUCCUCCUGUCUGUUAUUGAGGUGUGUGGUCACAACUUUCAGGCAGGUGAGCUAGGGCCAGGAACCAUUGUGGGUUCUGCUGCUUUUAACAUGUUUGUGAUUAUUGCCAUUUGUGUCUAUGUCAUUCCCAAUGGUGAGUCACGGAAGAUCAAGCAUCCAAGAGUAUUUUUUGUCACAGCCACCUGGAGUAUCUUUGCUUACAUAUGGUUGUACCUCAUUCUUGCUGUUAUCUCUCCAGGACGUGUCCAGGUCUGGGAGGCGUUGAUUACUCUCUUAUUUUUUCCAGCCUGUGUGCUCUUUGCAUGGGUAGCAGACAAGCGUCUCCUCUUUUACAAAUAUGUUUACAAGAGGUACCGAGCAGAUAAGCGCAGAGGUAUCAUCAUUGAGACUGAGGGGGAGUUCCCCAAAAGCAUAGAAAUGGAUGGCAAGUUGGGGGCAUGUGCAGGAGUUCCAGGAGAAACUAAAGAACCUGGAGUGCAAGACAGUGAGGCAGCAGCUGCUGAGGCCAAGGAACUUGACGAAAGCCGUAAAGAGGUCAUACGCAUCUUAAAGGAAUUGAAGCAGAAGUAUCCAGAACGUGAGUUGGACCAACUGGUAGAAAUGGCAAAUUACUAUGCAUUGCUGCACCAACAGAAGAGCAGAGCCUUCUAUCGUAUCCAGGCCACGCGCAUGAUGAUUGGUGCAGGCAAUGUGUUGAAGAAGCAUGCAGCUGAGCACAGCAAGAAGCCAGUCAAUCUUCAGGAAGUGACUUCUGAGGCUGGGGAGGAGAACACUAGCAAGAUCUUUUUCCAACCUUGCAACUACCAAUGUCUGGAAAAUUGUGGAUUUGUGACACUCAACAUUGUUUGCCAAGGAGGUGAUGGUACGAGCACAUUCUAUGUGGACUACAAGACAGAGGACGGCUCUGCCAAUGCGGGCUCUGACUAUGAAUAUAGUGAAGGAACACUGAUUUUCAAACCGGGUGAGACCCAAAAAGAGAUUAAGAUUGGUAUCAUUGAUGAUGACAUUUUUGAGGAAGAUGAGCAUUUCUUUGUACGGCUCAUGAACUUAAGUGUGGGUGAUGCAGAAGGAAUGUUUGAACCAGAUGGAGAAGGACGUCCCAAAGCACGUCUGGUCUCCCCACUUAUUGCUACUGUGACCAUAUUGGACGAUGACCAUGCUGGAAUAUUUACUUUUGAGGAGAAACUAGUUCACGUUAGUGAAAGUGUUGGAGUUCUGGAGGUAAAGGUGAUUCGAAACUCUGGGGCAAGAGGAACUGUUGUCAUACCAUAUCGGACAGUAGAAGGUACUGCACGGGGAGGAGGCAUUGACUUUGAAGAUACCUACGGAGAGCUGGAGUUCCAGAAUGACGAAACAGUUAAAACCCUACAAGUCAAGAUUGUUGACGAUGAAGAAUAUGAAAAACAGGAGAACUUCUAUGUGAUCCUGGAGGAGCCUCGAUGGAUGAAACGUGGAAUUUCAGCUCUGUUACUCAAUCAGGAUGAUGAAGACAAGAAGCUGACUACAGAGGAGGAGGAGGCUCGGAGGAUUGCAGAGAUGGGAAAGCCAAUACUUGGGGAGCACUCCAAGAUGGAGAUCAUUAUCGAAGAGUCCUAUGAAUUCAAGAGCACAGUGGACAAACUUAUAAAGAAGACAAACUUGGCACUGGUGAUCGGCACCCACUCCUGGCGCGAACAGUUCAUGGAAGCCAUCACCGUCAGUGCAGGUGAUGAGGAAGAGGAGGAUGAUGGAAGAGAUGAAAAGCUCCCUUCCUGUUUUGACUACGUCAUGCACUUCCUAACAGUGUUCUGGAAAGUCCUGUUUGCCUUUGUGCCCCCUACAGAAUACUGGAAUGGCUGGGCCUGCUUCUGUGUCUGUAUCAUCAUUGUGGGGCUACUAACUGCAGUCAUAGGUGACCUAGCUUCACAUUUUGGCUGCACCGUAGGGCUGAAGGACUCAGUAACAGCUGUGGUGUUUGUUGCACUUGGCACAUCUAUCCCCGAUACAUUUGCAAGUAAGGUGGCGGCCACACAAGACCAGUAUGCAGAUGCCUGCAUCGGCAAUGUGACAGGCAGCAAUGCAGUAAAUGUCUUCUUGGGCAUUGGGGUGGCUUGGUCUGUAGCUGCAAUCUACUGGGCCAUUCAAGGAAAAGACUUUGUGGUGAAAACGGGUACAUUGGCCUUUUCGGUCACACUCUUCACCAUAUUUGCAUUCAUCAAUAUCAGUGUCCUCUUAUAUCGGCGUAGACCCAGUAUAGGAGGAGAGCUAGGGGGGUCUCGUCUCUCCAAAACCCUCACUGCCAUGCUUUUUGUAGGCCUGUGGUUUCUCUACAUCUUGUUCUCUAGCCUGGAAGCCUACUGCCAUAUCAAGGGCUUCUAAGGAGAAACCGAAUACACAACAAGAAUCUCUCUUCUAGAACUCAAACAUUCCAUGGGCUGCCACUCACAUAAAUUGUGAGAUGUUUCAUUAGGGUGAAGUUGAGGGCAAAAAAGGGAUAAUUUCUUUAUUUUUGUAUUAUUUUUUUUUUUUUUCCAUUUUGGGUCUAACCCCUCCAUCAUCUCUAAAGGUAAAGUAGCACAAUUUUACAAGAAAACAAAAACAAAAAACAAAGGGGGUGGGAUCAUAAAGUGGUCACAUAUGUCAAUUGGGUUCAACUCAGUGUGACAGAGGUUGAGUAGAGGCCCACAGUUUUGCCUAAACAACCUCCAGUGGCUUUUAAACAAGUAACAGUUUAAAGUGUUGUUGAGAUUUUGCUUAUACUACAAGUUACAGCAAAUGGACUUCUUCUAUCCAUGUUCUCCAGUGUCAUAUACAGUGUCUACACAUAGUAGACACAGUUUGCGAACCUCUCCAGCCUUUAUGAAGUGGAUCCUACCAAGUGGGGAUGAGACUGAGCUAUGAGCCACUUGUGGAUCAGUCAUAUCACUAGUUCCAAGGGUGUGGAGAGUUGAAUAUUAGAAGAGCCACAAAUUUGGCUGCCUCAAAUACCUAACAUGAUUGUAAGUAUGUUUUAAGCCACUACUGGAGUGACAAUGGAUAGGACUGUGUAGCCCAGUAACAAAUACUGGUGAUAUAUUCAAGGUUUAGCAACUUAAAUUCAUAGAUUUUCCUCAUUUUGAAUUUUUUUGUGACCGCAGCGAGAUGGGCAUAGUCGGAAACGUUUACAGUGUUCAAUAUGAAAGCUGACUGACGCACAAAGAUGAGGGAAAACCAUAUAGUCUGAACUUCAGUCAACUUUAUCACAAACUGAUAUUUAAAGCGGAUCAGUUAGGGGAUUUUAAUUGUUCAAGUAUUCUAUUGUGACCCGAAAAACUUCUAUCCCGUUUCAUACUCCAUAUAUACGAUGCUCCUCAUAAUCCACUAUUGUUAGAUUAUUUGUUGUUGAAAAAAAGUAGCCAAGGACACUAAGCCUGAUGGUUCCCAGGCUUCAUUGAGGAGGUUUCGACCUUGCAUGACUGGGCAUACCCAUUGACAAAUCCUGUACCAUUACCACCUCUUUAGGUUAUCACUUAGUCCUUCCAAUGUUCCCCUAAAAGACAUUGGAUAGAGAAAUGCUCUAUCUGUAGCUCCGUACCUCUUGUUGAACUUGUCUUUGUAAGGAAGCAUCUUCUCUACAUUACAUGUAGUACCUAAUAAUGUAGAAGUUACCUAUGAGUAGUAGUAGAACCAAUGAAUUUUUAGUUGCCACUGCCCUUAUUGUCCAUCAGCCCUAUUAAUAAGAAAGUUGAUGUACUGAUCGGCCAUCACCUUCCUUUAAGCCCUGGGAUUCCCAAGCCAAUCAGGAUAAAGCCAUUUGCCAGCCCCCUAGCCCUAUGUGUAGAUUUUAGGGGGCAGCAGCUCCUGCGUGUCACUGCCCAACCAAGAGAAAGCCAGAUUGCGAGUUGAAAAAAACAGCACAGUGGUUAGCCAUUUACCUCCCAAUAAUGCCCAGUAUGGUGAGUACAUGAUAAGCCAAUGUGUUUGAUCACCGUGAGCUUUUUCCAUUGUGUGAGGACCUUCCCUAGAAAUGAAAAUCGUAAAUUAAAGAAGGUGCUUCUAUGUAUCCAACUGUAUUCUGUGUCCAAAAUGGAGAGACAGGUAUCCAUUGGAGUUCUCAUGUUGUCCAAUCCAACCCAUCCUCCUUAGAAGACAUGGAUACGUUCACCAUUUUGACACUGCUCGUUCAUGACUCUGCAAUCCAGCUGCAUGUCUUCCAGGGCUAAUUAUAAAGCAUUGUAUACUGUAGUAGAUGAGUGUUGUCUAGUUUCAGGAGGGAAUCCCAUUGCUGCACAUCUCUCUUAAUGGCCAUCAAUCGAUCAGAGAUCUUGGACUUGGCAAUGUCUAUCAAUGGCUGUGAAGCAGGAGGAAACAUGGUUGCCAAGAAUGGGUUGUAUUGAGAACACAUGCUCAGACUUUUUAACUUUUCUGCAAAUCAUCUUGCUUUCCAUUUAGAGUCACAUGGAGGCGCCUCACAUCAUGGUGAUAAUCUACAGAGACACAACAUAAGGUGAUCUAUCAGCUGGUUGGCACUUGAGUAAUCUGGUCAAAGACAGGCUAUAUGUGUGCAUUACUGGGCAGACUUCAAUAAGCACACCCAAGGACCAAGCCCCAAAUUCUGCAGAAUAAAUGCUAAUGAAAUUUUGCUGUUUAUAUGCUUACCAAAAAGAAAAAAGAAAUUUAUUGGGACAUGUCGGUCCCAGUUCCUAUGCCAGAUGAGGGCACUGCGGAUUUGAGAGGAGAUAACACUGCCCUUUGUACUGUUGAUGUUCCCACAUGGCUGUUUUAUAUGUAAUGCCGGCUACAUCCUUCAAUGUAUUAGUCUUUGUAUCUGUCCAUCCCUCUUCGCUUCUACCUAGGGGCAUAUAUCUCUGCUUCCUGUUUGUCUUUCUGAGCUCUUUGUUCCUACGGCUCUUUCUUUCCAUCUUACCCUUACCCUGUAUAUCUUGCAAAAAGGCAACAUUACUUAAAGGAGUACUGCAGUCUUAGACACUUAUCCCCUAUCUGCAGGAUAGGGGAUAAGUGUCUGAUCGCAGGGGGUCCGGUUGCUGGGACCCCCUGCGAUCUCCCAUACGUGGACCCGGCAUUGCCACGGCUCUGCACUGAGGUCGACGACACGCCCCUCCAUACAGCUCUCUGAGAGAGGCAGGGGUACACAAAUGCUGCAUCCCUGCCUCUCCCAUAGAGCUGUAUGGAGGGGUGUGUCCUGCGGAUAGGGGAUAAGUGUCUAGGGCUGCAGAUCUCCUUUAACAUUUAGUUGAUGCACUCUUGCUUUCCUUCCUUUCAUUAUUUUUAUCCAUUCUUGUUCUAUCAUUGAUAGCGUUUCUCUCACACCUCCUAAUCUUCCUUCACCCUGUUGUCUAGUCUUCUAUUAGACAAGACAAUUUGUAACUCUUACCUUCAUGACCUCAAUGUCCACCUUCCAUCUAUACUUUUGUUUUCAUUUAUAUAAAUUCAAUCGGAAGGCAACUCGCCAUCUCUACAGAACAUACGUCAUCCUCUUUGUUUUAUUGGUUCUUAGGACGUUAAUAAGAUCUACAUGGCUAUUUGUGAAGUGAUUGACUUCAAAGUCAUGUCCAUGUGGGGUUGCCUUCAGCGGAAUCUUUGGGGUCCAUUAAUGGGGAUGAGGAUCCUUUGUUGCUCUGGUGGACCAAUCUUACCCUGUUAUUACAAGAUAAUCAAUGAUAAAAUAACAUAAAGUAUUAUUUCAAACCCCUGAUCAGUUAAACAGUGAGAUCAUAUCUCAUUUCUUUUCGAUUUUCUUCAGUUGAGUCCUACACUAUCCCAUACUUCUUCCAUUGUUUGACUUUCUCCUGUCUUCUCACUCUACUGUGCCUCUUCCUUUUUAUCAUUGUGCUAUCCUCUCUUCUGCCCAGCUUUGUUUCCUUCUUGCCUCUUAUUUCCUCUUACCUGUCUAUUGGCCUCUUCUUCUUCCUCCUCCAUAUUGUAUCCCUCUCAUCCCUUCUGCCUCCCUGUGUCUGGCUGUCUCUCCCCUCAUCUCUCUGAGUCUGCCUGUGCUGACACAGAAGGGUCCUCAGCAUGUCAUAAUAAUGCAAGAAAAAGCUAUAACUUUAUCAAUAUAAUUAUUUAUUUUGAAAAAGAAAGUGUGAUUUUUUUGUGUCAUAUCAACCCAAUAUUCAGACAUGUCUCAAAUAUACAUUUCAGAAGACACAUAUGUCUUAAAGGGGAACUCCAGUGAUGAGAUGUUUCUUACAUUGUAACCCAUUCACAUAAAGAAGCCAACCCACUGAUCAGCUGAUCAUCUAGGGUCCUCUUUAAUCUAACACAAGCAAUGAAUGGGUCACAUAGAAAGCCAUUGUCAUUAUAUGACACCUCUUAAAAGGGUUAUUUCCAUCUGGACAUUUAAGGUAUAUCCACAGAUUCCUACCUCGGGGACCCACAACUAUCUUAAGAGCAAGGGCCUCCUGCCCCCCUCCAGCCUUCUUGCGACCACCAUGGUCAGAAAGCUGGAAGCAGUUUUAUACUGUUUGCGUGACUCCUGUUGCAUAACUCCUGAGUACCAAGCAGUGUAGCUUGUGAUGCUACACAAUUUACGCAAUUAACUUCUAUGAGCAGGGCAGUGCAAGGAUUUUCAUUUACACAGGUUAAGGUCCAUUUUGUGCCCCCCUCACUGACAAGAUUUGACAGCAUAGUGUGGUUGCGCUUUCCGUGGCCUGUGAAUGUAGGUGAAUGGUAAUGGAUACAGUGUACCAUGGGGCGCAUGCAGGGCUAGGGUUUAGAAACAUAAAAUAAUACCUUCACACAAAGGCAACAUAUACUGCUGCACAACUACUGCAGUGACUAACCCAUACCUAUCUUACUAUUAGGAAAUAAAAACACUAUACAGAGUCCAAUAACACCACUAUACAUGUUCACAUACCAUGACCACUACCAUUACCACCAUUUAGUGACUGGAUAAUACCACCAUACUGAUACUGAAUAAAAACCACUAUAUACAGACCAAUAUCCCCUUAAUACAGUGUUCAUACAGUGGUGACCCCCCAGCUCCACACAGGCUCUGCAGAAAGUAUGAGGGAUUACAGUGCAGUUAUAUCCACUGACUUAUAUGGGGUGUAUUCCUGAAGUCGUUCUCUUUACUAUUUUUCGUCAUGCUCAGACCGCUAUAAAGUUUUCUUCCAACCAUGACUUGUCUUUGAAAAUCUGCCAGGAAAACAUUUAAUGAUCUGCAUAUUUCCAAAACAUUCCCCACCUUUUCCCUACCCUCAGUGCCCCAAACAAUGCCUCCCUAUGUGGACUUCAUAGUAUGAGUGGGUAGGUAAAUAUGGUGGGGGAUGAGUAGGGGAAUUGAGUGGUGGUGGGUAGGUAAUUUCCCCCUGCUAAUUAGAUGCCCCCCAGAAGGUAGGUAGGGAUUCCUCCCAGAAGGUUGGUAGGCUAUUUCCCCCUCCCAUCCCAAUAAGGUAGAUGCCCUCAGUUGAUAGGUAGAGAAUCCCAAUGAUAGAUAGGGAAUUUGGUAAUAAUGAUGCCUUGUUACCGAUGAUAGCCAAACACAGUGCAGUUUGAAAGAGCUGUUACAAAAUGCUACGUUCUGACAGGUUGUCAUCAACAAGGCCAAUUAUUCUUUUAGACAGUUUUCCUAAACUUGCCCCACUAGCUUUCUUUACACUGUGGUUCUCACUAGACAAUCAUCCUUAUCAGACAAUGGUGCUCUCUAGACAAUGGUCCACAUGACACAAUGGUGUUCUGUAGAUGAUGGUCCAUACUAGACAUUGGUUCACACAAAACACAGGUGCUCUCAUGGCACUGGCCAUCAGUAGACAAUGCUCCUAUUUUGACAAUCUGUUUUAUAAUCACAAAAGACAAAGACAGAAUGGAAAAAAGUGCACAACCGUAAAAAUAGGAUUUGAACUUUUAUUAUACAUGUAUAAAGCAAAAAAGACAAAAAAUAAAAAUAAAAUCAAUUAAAAAUACAUACCGACCCCUAAAUGUAGAAAGAAAUGACCUAUGUCAGACCCUCCUAGAUGCAACAAUAAUCUUAGGAUUACAGAAAAUAUAGUGGCACUCACCAUCAUCUGUUAAAAAUUCUCAGAUUUAUUUCCAAAAGAGUCCAAAAAUAACACUGGUUAGGGUGUGGCUAGAGGCUAGAACCUUAUGGCGUGAAACAUAUGGUGCUUCAGGCUCUAGCCCCAAUAUAACGCCUUUUUUGCUUUAUAUAUGUAGAAAAUGUAUUUUUAUGUAUAGUGGUAUGUGUGCACUUUUUUCCUGCACUUUUUGUCUUUUUCAUUUGUGAUUCUAAUACUGUAUAUGCAAGGUAGUUGCCCAGAGUUUUUAAUUGUUAGGGGUUUUUAAUUGUUAGUGGU